AUGGCAGAGUACGCGGAGGACCGUCCUAUGUUGGCCGAUGGCCCACCGAUGGGGUUUCUGAGGGAAAAAAAAUACUCAAAAUUGCAAGAUGCUACUGUGGAAGAUGAGUUUCAUCCAGACUGGCGAUUGAAAUGUAUCAUGGCAACCAUUGGACUGUUAAACUUUGUGGUUGCUGUUGAUGCUACUUCUGUAUCCGUCGCGCUACCGACCAUCUCAACGGAACUUGGUGGAACAGCGACCGAAGCUUUCUGGGCUGGAACAUCGUUCCUCGUCGCCUCUUGCGUAGUUCAACCUGUCUUCUCCCUGGCAUCCGACAUUUUUGGCCGAAAAGUUAUUCUGAUGUUCGCUGUGACCGCAUUCACUGUUGGAUCAAUUCUUGCUGCGAUCGCAAAGGGUUGGACAGUGCUCCUUCUUGGUCGUUCCGUUCAAGGUGUUGGCGGUGGCGGUCUCUUGACACUUACUGAAAUUCUUAUCGCCGACUUGAUCCCACUGAGAGAGCGUGGAAAAUGGUUCAGUAUCAAAUCAGGCUCCCAGGCCUUUGGAACAGUUACUGGCCCCCUGAUCGGUGGCGCAUUUACUCAAACCUCCUCUUGGAGGUGGAUCUUUUGGUUCAAUGUUCCUUUUACUGGAAUUGGGCUUGUUUUGAUUCCAAUCUUUCUGAAGCUCGACCGUGCCCCCGUUUCCAUCCUCAAGGAGCUCGCCAAGGUUGACUAUGUUGGAUCUGUCAUCUCUGUUGCAUCUCUUACUUCCUUCCUUAUGCCAAUGACUUGGGGCGGCGUUAUGUAUUCCUGGACCUCAUGGCAUACCCUCUUCCCCUUGAUUGUUGGUCUCCUUGGAAUGGUCGGAUUCGCAGUAUACGAAGCAUACGUGCCUAAGAAACCUCUAAUCCCAAUUGUCAUCUUCAGCAAUAUGACCAUCUGCAUCAGCUACUUCGGCACCUUCCUCCACGGUCUCGUCCUUUGGUCUAUCGUCUACUACCUACCUCUUUACUACGAAGGUGUCCUGGCUUACAACCCCGUCAUCUCCGGCUUGGCUGUAUUCCCGGAGUGUCUGACUAUAGCACCUGUCGCUGUUAUUACAGGUUUUGCGGUAUCGAAGGUCGGUGACUAUCGAUGGGCACUGUGGACCGGAUGGCCUAUUGUUGUUCUCGGUGUUGGGCUUCUUUACAUGCUCGGCCCAGACACCAGUAUUCCCAAAUGGAUCUUCCUCAACAUCCCCGCAGGAAUCGGAUGCGGUAUGCUCUACCCUUCAGUACAGCUUGCCGUACAAGCCUCAGCAAACCCAGAUUUCAUCACCAUGGUCGUGACUAUGACCCCAUUCUUCCGGACAUUGGGUCAAGCCGUCGGUGUUGCGAUUGGAGGCGUGGUCUUCCAGAACCGCAUCAAGAAGCAGUUUAACGAGCAGCCCGGGCUCGGGGCUACGGCUGAUAAAUACGCAUCAGAUGCUUCCAGUCUUGUCGAAUUUAUCAAAACCUUACCUUCUGGUAGCACCGAGCGUACGACGAUUGUGUCGCUGUACUCCAAGUCCCUGGGUACGGUUUGGCUUGUCAUGUGCGGUAUUGCCGGUCUGGGAAUGUUGACUAGCUUCCUUGUGAAGAAGUAUUCGUUGGAUCAGCAGUUGGAGUCCAAGCAAGGAUUGAGAGGUUCACGGGCUGAUUUGGAGCCCCUGAGAGAACGGAGUGACUCUGAGGAUGGACGAGAGAGGGACAUGGAGAUGGAUGGGGGAGAGGUAGUUAGUGAACUGACGCCUGUGAUGUUGACCCAUUAA